GAGUCGUACUUACCAGCCUUGACCAUUUUGAAUGAUUUCUGUUUUUUCUUUUCUGGGUUGAAUAGGUUUGUUGUAGAGUGAGGUUGUUGCUCAAUCGACAGUUGUUGGGGAGAAGAACGAUGAAGGUUUAUGGUGCAAAGAGGGGAAGAAGGCGGAAGUACCUUAUGGAGCCUUUGGAGGGACCACCAGCCCCAGGUGGAAAGACAAAGAAAGAGGCACACGCCCGCCAGGAUAGGACAGGACAGGAUGCAAAGGCCGGCAUGGCACAAGAUUGCACAAACUCUGGGCCGAAGACGGGGGCACAAUUCGGAGAUCCGAGUACCAGAAGCUCGCCGCCUCGCCUCGCUCUCUUACUCGCCCAGCAUCCUUCCUUGCCCACUGAUCCUCUCCCUCCCCUCUUCUCCGUGCCGUCUCGGCUGGGUGCCAGCUUAUGCUUGGAUGGUGGGGAAUGGAUGGCCUCUGCCCCGCUCGCAGUAUCUCAUUGUCGUCAUCUUGACUGAAGUGGGCUCAGGAUGAGCUUUUGAGCGCAGCUGGUUGGCUUGUUGUUCCCGUGGCAUUUGGAGCGCUUACAAAUGGCUGAUGCAACACGACAGGAACAGCAGGUAGAGAGGUUUGCCAGUUGCCUUAUUGCUGCUUCGACUCCGUGUUGUCAGAACGUGAAGCAUCAUCCAUUCGCACCAGUGUGAGGAGCCGAUGGUCGGCCGGCCAGCCUGAGCACACGCACAGGGGAC